GAUAGAGUCUACGGAGAGCGCGAGCGAACGCAGCGGAGACGAGGGGAGGCACCGACCGGGAGCGCACGCGUGGACGGGAGGAAGACGGCGGUUUCACGUGCUCUGCGCGCACGAGCGAGGAGCCGUCUGUCUGCCUGCCUGUCUGCCUGCCUGUCUGCCUGUCUGUCCGGACCGACGGCUGCCCCGCGGCUAGCGGACGCGCGCAGGACCGCCGACGGGCUGUGGGCGCAGAGGAUGAGCACGCGCCGCGGGCUCGCUGGCUGUGAUCACCGCCGCUCAGACCCCGCAGCCGCUCGAGCCGUCGCAGGCCGCCCGCCGCGCGGCCGGAGGGACUGAUCCACAAUGAGCUCCAAGCACUCGUCCGACUGGAUCCCCUACAGCACUUUGGACGAUGAGGGCACCAACCUCCGGCAGCAGAAGCUGGACAGACAGCGAGCGCUGCUCGAACAGAAGCAGAAGAAGAAGAGGCAGGAGCCUCUGAUGGUCCAGUCCAACGUGGACGGGAGAUCCCGCGCCCGCCGCACCAAGCAGAGCGAGGAGCAGGCUCCGCUGGUGGAGUCGUACCUCAGCAGCAACAGCAGCACCAUCUACCAUGUGCAGGAAGCCGAGCAGGAGGAGGCCAAGGUCGCCGCGGACGCGCAGCCGCCUCGCUCGGCCAAAAAGGGCAAAGGAUCCGCCGGCUCCACGCCGCAGACGGGCAGCGACAAGAAGGAGAGGAAGGGGAAGCACAAAGCGGUCGACGGCCAAGCCUGCCAGCAGGACGACGGCCAGAUCCAGAUCCUGACGGUGGGCCGACACGCGGAGGACGGCGAGGGGGAGCCGGCCGUGAGCUGCGCCCAGUCGCAGAGCAAGCAGGACCUGCGCGUUACCAUGCUCAAGAAAGGCAUAUCCAGCAGUAUGAAUUUUGAUGAGGAGGAGGAUGACGAAGAUGAAAUCAGCUCCAGUUCCUCGCAGCUCAACAGCAACACGAGACCGGGCUCAGCCACUAGCAAGAAGUCGUGCAAGGAGGUGGCCUCAGCGCCCACGCCGCCGGUCAGUGAACUCGCCAUCGACGUGGACGACCUUGAGGAGUUCUCCCUGCGCCCUGCACCCCAGGGGGUCAGGGUGAAGUGCAGGAUCACCAGAGACAAGAAGGGCAUGGACCGGGGCAUGUAUCCCACCUACUACCUUCACCUGGAGCGAGAGGACGGCAAGAAGGUGUUUCUGUUAGCUGGCAGGAAGAGGAAAAAGAGUAAAACAUCAAAUUACCUCAUCUCCAUUGAUCCUACUGAUCUGUCUCGAGGAGGCGAGAGCUUCAUUGGCAAACUGAGGUCUAACCUCAUGGGAACCAAGUUCACUGUGUACGACAGUGGACUGAACCCCAUGAAGAGCACCACCAGCCUCGAGGCCAGCAGCCUGCGUCAAGAACUGGCCGCCAUCUGCUACGAAACCAAUGUCUUAGGAUUCAAAGGACCACGAAAAAUGAGCGUCAUCAUUCCUGGAAUGAACAUGGACCACGAGAGAGUGUCCAUCCGCCCACGAAACGACCAUGAGUCACUGCUGGCCAGGUGGCAGAACAAGAACACAGAGAGCGUGAUCGAACUUCACAACAAGACGCCCGUGUGGAACGAUGACACACAGUCGUACGUGCUCAACUUCCACGGCAGAGUCACUCAGGCCUCCGUCAAGAAUUUCCAAAUCAUCCACGACAACGAUCCCGACUACAUUGUGAUGCAAUUCGGCCGCGUGGCAGAGGACGUCUUCACCAUGGACUAUAACUACCCAAUGUGUGCCCUGCAAGCCUUCGCCAUCGCCCUGUCCAGCUUUGACAGCAAGCUGGCCUGCGAAUAGACUCGUCCACCUGCCCUCUCCUCAAGGGCUGCUAACGUUUCCCUAAAAGCUGGUUUGACUCGUACCUGGGAAGUCCUGCAAAUCCCAGAAGACUUUAUGGGCCUCAAGGUUCGUGUGUAUGUGUGUUGGGGGUGGGGUGGGGGGGGGGGGGGGGGUCUGGCUGACAGAGGAAACAAGCACAAAGAGUAAUUCACUUUAAAAGUCACGUUCUUUUGUUUUGAUAGCUCUAGUCAUUUUGUACUGUAACGGCAUUUUAAAAACACGUUCUCUAUGUAAUUAAAGAAACACUUUCUUUACGUGUAAAUUAUUAUAACUAACAGCUACACAUCUGUACGUUUUACAAGUUGACUGGAUUUUGUGUACCCUGAAGAAAACCUACGUCACACAUGCCCUCAAGCAUGAACACUGCUUAUGUGUUAAGUGAAUGCACGUCUGGAGGUAUUUAUUUUGUUAUUUAUGUAUUUAUUACAUGUUCAGUUGGUUUUCUGUUUUCAUUUGCAACCGUUUCAAGCGCACUGGUUGGUGUCAGAGGGGACAAAACAGAAGAACUGGAGGGCAGGGGGCGUGUUACACUGUGCUGACCACCAUAGUUAAAGUAGUGCCACAGUGUCGCUGGCGUGUGUGAAUGUACAGGAUGACGGUGCACUUUACUUUGAAGUCUGUAGAGGAUGAGAUAUAGCUGUACAUACUUUAUUGUGCCUUUGAAGACUGACGCCAGUGCUGCGCUUUGGCCGUGAAAUGAGCUGAGCAUGAAUUGGUCUUUGCUUCUAUCGCUGUCCUCGCGUGCGGUCCGUAUAUUUCCCUGUAGCGCCUCUAUAUUCACCAGUGAGAUGACAGGUCGGUUCAGAUCAAGCGUCUCCAACACACGGCUGUUGGCCGAACGUCACAUCAUUGGACAACAUCGUAGCAAUUAACCAGAACAACGCCGUUUAUUUCAGAGCCUCUCACACGUGGUUUGAAUCGCACCGUGAAGAAGGCAGCAAAUGUAACAGCCGGCAGUUCGUAUCCGAUGUCUCCAAGCUGGAAAAAACAAAUUAGCUCCAGACUGACUUCCUUCCCACACAGUAACAGUGUGAACCUGCAGCAUUUAACGUGUGACGCGGUGUUUCAUCCCCUGCUUGUUGCAUCUGAGUGGGUUUCUGCUCUGCUGAUGUGGACUGUGGUGCGCUCGUCAGCUGACUGGCAGAAGGUUUCUAUGCCAUGUGGGUUUUGCUCUUUGCAUUUUUAUUCAAAUAUCAGCCCUCUUGCUCCCACGGGGGGAGGAUGUUUCUAAAAAAAUAUGGCAGUAUUUUGUAUUUUAUGGUGAAUGAAAGCAAAGAACAAUCUCUGGUACUGCUGGUGUUACUGUGGGUGAUUAGAGUCUUUAUCAAAUGUGCUAUUCUUGUACUCGAUCGUGUUCUAACUAUUUUAAAUUUCUAUUUUAGAACUGUUGAUACUCUUGCUGUAAAGUCUGCUUUCAUACAUGUGUCGCUUUCUGUUGCAGUGUUCUCGUUGUAAUGUACAGUAAACAGUGUUCAAUUUACUGUGGUGGUAGACGCAGUCCUUUGAUCAUGGGGAAUAAAAUAAAAGACAGACGAAGUCAAA